AUGGCUCCUCCUGUUGUUCAUGGAGGAAGAUUGGUCCUCCUGCUGCUUGGCCUCUUUGCACUUCACGCCGGUGCCAGGAAGCUACUGAAUGAAGAUGCCUCCCCCUUCGAAGACCAGAAAUGGUUCCACCCUGGCCUUGGAGGUGGGUUUGGUGGUGGUGCUGGCGGUGGGCUAGGCGGUGGCGCCGGCCUUGGUGGAGGCUUUGGUGGCGGUGCUGGACUAGGUGGUGGUCUAGGUGGCGGAGGUGGUGGAGGGUUCGGUGGUGGUGGCGGACUUGGUGGCCUUGGCGGUGGCUUUGGUGGCGGAGCUGGUGCAGGAGGUGGGCUUGGUGGGCUAGGUGGAGGCGGCGGUGGUGGCUUUGGUGGAGGCGGUGGGCUCGGUGGCCUUGGGGGUGGGUUUGGUGGUGGUGCUGGUGGCGGACUUGGCGGUGGGCUUCCUUGA